GAGAGAACCACUACCUUGUUGUUGACGACGACCGACCCCCAAAAAGUUAUCGACGACGACGAGGACCCAGUGACUAAUAGUCUUGGAUGACGUUCUUUUCUCGUCGUUUUGUUGACUCAUUUGACGCCUAGGAUGGAGGAUACGACGCAGAGCGAAGAGCAUCAGUUUGUUGUUGAUGAAGUGAGCACCAUCAUCAAAGAAAGCAUUGAGACUGUGAUAGGAGGAAAUGCAUAUACAAGUGCGAAGGUCAACAACUGGACAUCACAAGUAGUGGAGAAUGUUUUGGGGAACCUUUCAAAGCUCAAUAAAGCCUUCAAAUAUAUUGUCACUUGUGUAAUAAUGCAGAAGAAUGGUGCUGGGCUACACACAGCUAGCUCCUGUUACUGGGAUAACACAACCGAUGGCUCGUGCACCGUCCGCUGGGAGAACAAGACUAUGUAUUGUAUUGUUUCCGUAUUUGGCUUGGCAAUAUAAAUUAUAGUUCCAUAAGGCAGAGUAACUAAUAUUGUUAGAUGAUGCCGUCUGUUUCCCCUAGAUCUUCUUAAAAUGUCUUUCUUCUGUGAACAAUGGACUUUAGAAUUGACCAUAAUCAUAAGAUUCACACUGAAAAAGUCUGAUAAUCAUUUUAUAUUUUACUGAUAUGAACAGGGUGAGGAUGAUAACUCAUGCAUGCUUUAUGUGAAAUGUUCUUUCAGUUAUUUGUCAAAACCAUCGGGUCUUAUUCAUAAGAGAGUCCUUAUACUGCAUAUGCUGUACUGUUGUGUUCCAGGAGAUCAGCUUGAAUUUGUUUCCAUUGUUAUCAAAGUAGCUAUUGCCAGUCUAAUCUUCAUGUUGAUGGUAGAGUACGAUGCUAUUUAGUUUACAGCAAUAUCUUGAGUCCUCCUUUGAGUAGUGUUUUCUAGAUCCUAGCAGAUUAAUAUGAAAAUAAAAUGGAUUGAUAUAUAUAUAUAAUAAAUAUUGUCAUAUCAUUUUAGUCUUUUGCCAUGUACUGUAUAUUUUUAGACAAUAGGUAAUUUUUAUAGUUUAUUGUUUAGUGACCUUACGUUUCUGAUUCAAGGUGGCACCUGAGAAGUCUGAAUCAGUCGAAUAAAAGUUAUUUAUUAGUAUCCUACAGUAGAAUCUUGUCUUAUAUUUGAAACUGCAGUAAAUUAAAUUCAUUUUUAACGAAACACGUAGCUUUGGUAAUUACCAGUUCUCAAUUUGAGCCUAAAAGAAACAAAAUAUGAUCACUGUUCCCAAAGGUUGCCUCGUUUGAAUUUUGGUUGUGUAGUGCAGUUGAAGGAACAUGAGUGGUAAAUUUCUCUCAACCCUUGAUUUCAUUGAAAGGAACUUACAGAUAAAAUGAGACCCUCAUGUUGAAAGGACCAAAGAUAUUGCAUUAGUUGUUGUUGUACCAAGUACUAACCCUUAAAAGACCAUCCUAAGGAAACAGGCAAGAUUGAUUUUGGACACAGUGUUCUGUUGAUUGAAGGUCCCAGUUCAUGCUGAAUUAAUAAGUGCACUUUUCUUAGGAAAUUGUAAGGACGAGUUAUCUUGGUAAUGUAAUUAAUACUGUAAUUAAUACAAAUAGGAGUGAUAAGAUAGUAGUACUGUCAUUUUGUGAAGAUUGGUGUAUAUUUUAUGGGCACUGGCAUAUCAUCAUAGUAUUGCUUGAUGCAGAUUUUAUGUUUUUAUAUUUUGUCAGUAAUGAUUUUCAUGGAAGGUCAAUUUGUAUUUGAGUUUCUAGCUAAGUUGCAAUUUCUUUUUUUUAUCAAUGUUCUGUCCAGCCCAUUCCAUGAGUAAGUAGUACUGUGUACGUAGAUGAAACUAAUCUAAUGUACGACUGGACACACACAAUGUUAUUAGUCCUUCAGCCCAAGGCUUUUAACUGCAGGAAUUUGUUAUUUCACUGCAUUCUUAGUAUACUUUGAAGGUCAGGUUAUGUCAGCAUAAAUCGCAAGCAAAUGGAGCUUUAUAGUUACAGUAUCUCAGUUGUUUUAUUAUUUUUGCAAGCUUAAUUAACAUUUGUAAAACCACUAAGUAUAAUAGAAAACUUGAGUAUAAUAUAAUACGAUAAUAUUUAUGCAACCAUUUUGAAUAAAGUGUACUAAGUAAUAUUUGCAUUCCCCUUUGAAGCUGAUACUGAUUUUGUAAUCUCUUGUAGUGAUGUAAGGAAGGUAUUUAUCUCCACAAAUAUAUGUUUAAAAAACUCUGUUGUGUCUAAACUGUCUGGUUAAAAGAUGAGGUAGACAGAUGAGUUCAAAUGGAAAUAAAAUUAAUUCCACAAUUAUUCAGAUUAACGAAGAAAUUGAAUACUACGUACUCGGCAUCUAAGAUAAAUGAAGUCUGCAGAGUCACCACACCCCUGAAAAGGGGGAAACCACAAAUCUUUCGCAAGGAAUUUUUGGAACUUCCCAAUAUAGAGGAACAGCCUACAUAUAAUGCUGGUACCAAGUUUAUUGAUACCAGAACAUCACAAGUAAUGGAUAAUGUAGAAACUCCCAAAUCAGUUUUCUUAUGUACUAUAUAUACAUAUACGUACAUAUAAGAAAUGCAGAUGUGAAUGUAGUAUAAUGAAUGUGUGGAGAGUCAAAUCGGAACUGAAGAAAUUGACAAAUGUUUCAGGAACAAACAAAUUACUACAUCAUAUUAGCAGACCCAACCGUACAAUCAAAGGUACCAUUAGACAUCAAAAUAGAUUCAUUCAUGAAUCAAAAAAGUGCAGGAAACCAGUAAGUCCCCAUGAUUUGAACACCACUGCACAAAAAUUCAUUCCUUAAAUGAUUAAAUGGAAUGUGAAUGUGUCUUAAACUAGAAUCAGUCGAGGCAAACUAUAAUGAUUAGUAUCAGGAUAUGAUCCUAUGUAAAUCCUACAAAAGGCUCUGAAGAAUCUUUGUUGACAUUUAGUUGUUAUAGGAACAACUUCACAAUAUUCAGUACAUUACAAAAUGGGACAAAGAACCAUUGGUUGAAGUAAAUCUUACACCAAUAAGCAAUGAAUUCAUCCCAGUUACUGGCUGCUGUAUAGAACAUGAAAAAAAGUGGGAUAAAUUAGGUAUCCUCAUAUGAGGACGCUAGGAAAAUCUUGUUAAUCCUCGUUGGAACUGGGCAGAGGCAUACUUGCUAUUAUUUGAACAUGUUUUAGCUGUUUGAGAAGUUUCUAUUGUUAAUCAAGACACCUACUUGCUUGUUUCCUCUUGAACUUAGGUGUCCACAGUAUCUAUUGAGUGAUAAUCAGGCAAGGUAGGAAAUAUUUCAAUGUUUUUAGUUGUAAUUUGCUUGGCUCUCUUUAAAUACUAUGUACAUAUGUAAGUGUUACAUUAAAAAUAAGAAUGUAUAUGUAUAAACAUUCUGUAGAGUAAUGUGUGUAACAAGAAACCAGGCCAUUGGCCAAGGAAGUUAUGCAGGAAAGAUUGUCCAAAAACCCCAGUGUGUGAACAGCUGGAAUCGGCAGUAUCUAUGUCGGGCAUAAACAAUCAACAAUGCCUUCUCUGGGAACCAGUUGACUCCCACGAGACGAUGUGGCUUAAGUGACUAACCUAGUUAAGUAUGUUAGUUCACAUGUCUGUAUAUUGAGCAGUGUUUGCUCUCCUAUGAUUUGUAAACGAAUUGUAUCUCAGACUUACCCUUCCUCUCUCAGCUUAAACAUCUAUUAAAAACCUUCUUUGCAUCUAUCCAACGAUGUGAGCUAGAAGAAUAUAUCUUAUAUUUUGUA